GUCAAAAGUCUUAAUUGCCUGGCGUCCUCACGGCUCCAUUGCUCCAUCCACCGAGGUACCUCUUCCUCCACCGCUGCUGGCCUCAUCGCAGCAAGGGACAUCGUCGGAUCACAAUCCUACACUCUUUUCCGGGUUCUGUUGUUCUUGUUGGGUUUUGGUCCUUUUUUUGGUCCUUUUUUUGUCCUGAUUUUCAGCCGUCAUUUUCAAUUUUCUUGGUUUCAAAUGCGAUUGUCACCGUCCUACUCGAGGUGACGCUUCGCUCGUCUCAGGAGGCAGUCCGUCUGCACCCUCCACCCCCCCAAACUGGUCAACACGGCAGAAUGUCAUCUCCAGCCGUGUUGUCCACUUUCUUGAGCUCUCUGCCACCGAGACCGCCGACCCCACCGCGUGAGGCGCACCAUGAGGCUGCAGCUCCCAUCAGAGUUUCGUUGGGCUCCAUCAAUACCCGAUUGAGUAUACACACACCGCCCGGCUUUCAGUCGCCCACCUCCUCGAUCGCCGAAACCUCGACUUCCCGACGAAUUCGGAAAAAGGUUGGCUUCUCUGCCCAAGCCGAGUACAAGGAGCCGCCCGUCUACCUCGACGGUGAGGGGGCGAGACAGCAUCCGACUCCCGUGUCCCUGUCACGAAGCGCAUCGAAGCCCGUCAAGUCGAUCCUCAAGGUCACCGCCAACGCGCAGAACCUCCUCGACUCAACAGCCGGCGCUGGCUGUGAUUCGCCAAACUCCCAACUCAACCUUGUCGCCAUGUUGGAAUCCACCCUGCAGCAACUCGCCGGCGGCGACCGCGACUCGAAGCUCGACGCCUACCUGAUGCUGACACGAGCAUGGAAGGCUUCCAACAACCUCCCAGACAGGGUAGCUCUGCAAGAGAAGAUGACACUCUUUACCCAGUUCAUGCAGCGGGAUAUUGUGGCGAAGACGGUAGAAGGAAACCUCGAUACCUCUCUCGUUAACCACGCGCUCAAUCUACUCAACACGUUCCUGCACUUUCCCGCCAUAUCCUCGACAAUAUCCAACGAUUUUGGCGUCUUCAUCAUCGACCACUGCAUCCGCUCGUUCGAGGAUGUCUCGACCCCGAAAGACACUGCCCGCCGCCUCAUGCAGGCCAUCUCGUUGCAGAACUUCUCCCCAAAAGUCAUGACCGCGGACAGAAUAGGGAGGUUGGUUUCGUCACUUCACAACAUCGAGGAACACUUGAAGGGAAAGAGCAUUGUUUUGUCUCGAAUUCUGAUCUACCGGAAACUGGUUCAGCAGUCCAAGCAACUCAUGAUCGUUCAUUCAGACUGGCUGCUCGACAUGUUCACGGAUAUGCUGAGCAGCCUAAAGGAUAUCCGCUCGGCUGCCAUCUCCCUCGGGUUGGAAGCAGCUUUCAGCAUCGGCCACGAAAAGCAGCUCUCGCGGAAGGUCAUGGAGAUUUUCAACCUCUCACACGAAGACAAGCGGUAUAUCCAGUAUUACGAGGGAAGGCUCAAGGUAAUGUCCAAGGACAAGCACGAAUCGGCCAUUGUUCCCGAAAUAUGGAGCGUCGUCAUCCUUCUCCUUCGUAUUCGGAUCGACAAGUGGGAGUACACCGGCCCCUGGCUUCACGUCAUUCAAAACUGUUUCAACAGCGCCGACUUUCCGACCAAGAUUAGGGCCAACCAUGCGUGGGCUCGCCUCGUCUACCUCAUGCACCUCGACGACCGGGCAUUGCCGAAGAACUUAGCAACUCUGACAACUCCUCUCGUCAGUCAGCUGAGACGGAAAGGUUCCGGGAAAACCUCAGCGGAACUGAGGCAGGCGGUUUUGGGCGGUAUCUGCAACCUGUUUUACUACGCCUUCAAACCCAACACAAAUUCCAUGCUCUUGGAUACCUAUUGGGAUACCAGUGUCCGGCCUGUCCUAGCAAAGCUACUCGAUCCGGCCGCCGAGGCUGCUGAUGACAACCUUCAACAGGGCAGUGCCAUUCUCGGCGGUCUUUUCGACUGUACAACGCCGCGAAGAUGGAUUGGAGACCAUAUCAUGGAGUCUUCGCUCGUGAAGCCGGAAGAGCUCCCACCAAUCGACUCAAAAUGGAUUAGGCACAAUACCAACCGGGUGUUCGGCGUGGUUGAGCCCAUUCUUGAGUUGGAUUUUCUUGCCCUCGCCAGAACUGACAGCCCAACUUGCCGCCUUUGGCGGACCUUGGUUUCGACGGUCGCCUCGGCAGCGGCCAAGGAAAUCAAAGUCUCGAGGGAUACAGCUCUCUUCGUCGCAGGAGCGCUUGGUGCUUUACAGAAGGUCUGGAAGCGGGGCUUGUUGGGCCAGGAAGAGGCCGAACGCAGCGUAUCAGACUUCCUUCUCUCUGCGCGGACCUACUUGGAAGUCAUGGUCAACUCCCUCGGCCUUCUCCCUUUCACAGAGAAAACCGGAAAACACCAGGCAUCUGCCAAGGCGCCUAUUUACACGCUCUUCUCGAUGCUCUCGACCUUGCCACCGGGUGUUUCCGAUGACAAUGAUUAUGCAGUGUUCUUCCGUCUCGUUUUUGCUCCCUUUUUCGCCUCCAAAGCAGACAAAGCAAGAAUGGAUAUCGCCCAAGACUUGAUGUCGACCAUCCCCAUGGAUGCUCCUCGGCCCUAUGGACCUUGGUUGUUGGUGGCUGAAAACAUCUCCGGUUGGCUGGAGCCUAAACACAACAGUCAUCACUCGACUGGCUCUGCAGGAGAGACCCCGGUUGGACAUGACUACCGUGAUGUCGUCAAGGUCCUCGAACGCGGCAUCAAGUCAACGCCCAACCUUCCGCCGAAGCACUGGGAGUCUCUAUUCUGUGCAGCUUAUGAGCGGGUGCGCGAGGAAACCGGAGACGCCGGAGCGGCAAUGGUGGUCAUUGAACCCCUGGCCAAGGUUACAGCUGAGCAACUGGUAGCUCGAGGGCUAGCUGUUAACUCGCUCAGCUGUAUCAAAGUUGUGACCGAGCUGAUCUCCGUUGCUACGCAACCACGGGACAAGCAAGCUGUUGAUGCCGCCCGAAAGCGACUUUGGGGCACGACCCUGGCUGGGUCCCGCGCCUCGUCCUUUGACACUCUCGACAACCUUUACAAAGCUGUCAACGAUGUUUUGGAUUCGUCAUACAACAACUUCACCGCUGUUGAUCCGGAUCUUGUUUUGCAGCUCUUCAAGGAGCUCGGUGGCUUCUUUGACAGGUGCAACCGCGAACUGUUUUUGAGGGCGAUGAUCGCUUUGCAGGAUGGUCUCCUUCCCUGGUUUCAAGACACGAAACGGCUACUCAGUAGUCAGACCAACACUGUGUUUACGGCAACAAAAUCCCUUUGGGACAAGCUUUCCCAUCUGAUCAGUGACCUCGAACAUCCCGAGCAGCAGCUACAAUGCCUUGAACGGUUUUUCUGCGCCUCAUUCACCUCGUGUCACCGAACCAUUGCCAAUCCCACCAUCUCCUUGUGGAACAGACUCUUCGAGAAGGCCGAGCACCUGGAAUAUCCGGAACAACUCAAAGCUGCCCUUGUGCAGAUGCAACUCCAUGCCGAUAUUGUAUUGCCAGGAUUGGAAACAUCAAGUGUUGAGCAUGCUGGACAGCAGCUGUCUUUCGUUGACUCAUAUGAGGAUUUCAGCUUCCCCAAAUUCCCUUCCACGCGAUCCAACAGCCGAAGGGGCACUCCACGGCCGAGCUCAUCUCACUCCAAGUCGCCUACCGCCACCACGUUUGCUGCGAAGCAGCUCGAUAAAUCUCCUCAGAGGAAGCCGGCCACAAGCAGUCGCUACACCACAACCCCUCGGCUAAGGCACGACGACUCGCAGGUCCAGUUCGCAGCGAUUGGGCCUUCGUCUGCCGUGGGUAGCCCACUUGAGUCUCAGGUUCUGACGGAGCGGCAAAAGGAGAUCCGUGAGCGACAGCGGGAAAAUGCGUGUCUCUUCUCCGAGAUCCGGUCCAGCCCGGGUGUGAAGGCGAAGGAAACAGAUCAGCAGAUGCUCCCAGUGGCCCCCCAAUCACGGCAAGCUACCACCCCGGAGCCCGAAAUAGGGUUUGACGACUAUGUCUCGUCAACUCCUACGCCUCGUCGCGGCCAGCUGCUGGUCAUGCCGGAGCAUGAUAUGACGGAUCCACCUUCAUCACCCCCAGAGUUGAGAGGAAAUCCGCUAGCAGCCGAGAUAAGAUCGAGGUCUGCUAGUCACAAUCUCCUCGAAGAGUGGCAGUUUUCUUCCUCGCCAGUUUCCGGGUCGCCGAAUCCAAACCGACUUGGGGUUGUGGCCGACCCUUCGAGCCAGCGGGGCUACGCCAGUGUUGUCAACCUGCCCGAGGUACUUAGCAGCCCAGCAAAAGCAGAAUACGAGACGGAGCCGCCAUCCACUGGGGGUGAGGUAGUUGAGGAUAGUAUGGUUUUUGAGCCUGUGGGGGUGUCUAUAGCCCCGAAACCAUCGGACACCCCAGCGGACAAAGGUCCAUCUACGCCCCGGCGCUCCUCCCGGCUGUCCCAGAGGACCCGGGGAACCCCGACAACAAAGUCUGACGGCGAGGAGUUCGUGGACGCGCCAACCAGCCCACAGUCGCCGACCCCCAAGCAGGAAGAGAGACCCACGAAAGCAAGCGAGGUGCUCGACGGUAAGCAACAGCACGUCAUCCCAGCAGGCACUACGUCUUUCGAUAUCAGCGAUGUCGAUGAGAGGAGUAUGCUCAGGCUGGUGGUUGAGCUGGACUCUGGUAAGGCUGACCGAUCAGAGUACCAACCUGCACCUUCUCUGUCCCCUGAGGGCAAGGGACCGAGGUCGCCCGUCAUCGACUGCAUUGUGGUUGGGGACAGCCCGCAGAAAGCUGAGCCGGCCCUACCGUCAAGGAAAACCAGAGCGAGCUCCACGGCGUCGGCAGUAUCGACUAGCGCCGAGGCGCAAAACAUACCGAGCUCGCAGUCCAAGGCGCGUGCCGGACGCCCAAAAAGAAAGCGGGCUUCUUCGAAGGCACAGGAAGCGGACCCAAAGAGGCAGCGGCAUGAUUCAGUCGAGAAGGAGGAGGAAAUGUCGAGCAGCCAAACGGCGACCGUUCAAGAUGUCGUUGUGGAAGUCUACGCGUCGGCUGAGAUGCGGACAGCCAUCUCUAAAGACGUCGGCAAAGACGAAACCCCCGAGGAGCGAAUUCCGAGCUCUUCGGCCGAGCCAUCGAGCCCGGAAAGUUUCAGCCAAGAGAGCGAGAGCGACUCUCAGGAACCUGUAGCGUCGGCAACCGUUGACGCCAUGGAUCUUGAAGCAGACGACCAGGACGUGCAAUCCCAGAUUGCACUCGAGCUCAGUCAACACCAAGUGGGAGAAGAGAGCAGUCUGGCGUCAGAGGAAACCUCCCCGGCGCUCAUCACCGCCGAGGAGUCGAUGCAGGUUGACAUUCAACACCCCACCAUCGAUGAACAAGAGGAUGGCAAGAUCGCCGAAAACACGGCGGAUGCUAGCACGAACGUAGAAGAACCCGCGACACCUGAGAUGAACCAGGCGCAAAGGAUGAUGGACCUGUUCCGAGGCGGGCUUAAUGAGCUGCGGUCGGCGCGGCUGUCAAGGGAGGAGGUUUACCAAAUCGAGGAUAUGUUUAUGGACAUGAGGAGGGAAUUGUAUGAAGCGGAGAGGCGCGGGCGAGCAUAGGUAAUCACAUUUGCAUGGGUCAAUGGCGUUUUACGGUUGGAUCGGUGUGCACGGGUCUGGUUUAUGAGGUUCGGUUAUGUGAAAGAAAGAGCGUUGGGAUAGCUUGCUGAGAUAUACGGUUACUAGCAGAAGGUUCAACGAAAUGGGAAAACACCUCGCGCGGCUGUCCCACGGGGCGGGGUUGGGAGGCGCGGUUACGAGUUUGACGAUGGAAACCCUCGCUUGCUGUGAAGUGAUACCCAGUCGUAUGAGAGAAGGUGGCUAUGAAGGCAACCAGAAACCUUGGCUUGAUUUGGACAUGGAGGUGGGCAGAAGCCUCGACCGGUCACUCCAUUGUGCAUGGUGGGGGCGCCCGAGGUCGACGGUGACAGCACAGAGAAUGGUGGCGGCGUUUCAGGUUAUGCGGCUGACAGCAAUUGGGAAGCACAGACUGACGGCGACGGCCGUUGGCGCGUUACACCCGACUAUCCCUUCACGGCAAGAAGGAAGCUGUGCCCG